AGACGAUGUGCGCAUGCGCAGCUGAAUGAGCUGUGGCGACAGAUUGGUUGCGGAGAAAAACAAGUUGAAAGCCGGAGCAGAUUUUUAUUUUUGUUUUUAUUCGCCUCCGGGAAAACACGAUGGCCGGUACCGCGCUGAAGAGACUCAUGGCGGAGUAUAAACAGCUGACUCUGAACCCACCUGAGGGGAUUGUUGCAGGUCCAGCCAAUGAGGAGAACUUCUUUGAGUGGGAGGCUCUCAUCAUGGGUCCUCAGGACACAUGUUUUGAAGGUGGAGUGUUUCCCGCUGUCCUCAGUUUUCCCUCCGAUUAUCCCCUCAGUCCUCCGAAGAUGAGGUUCACCUGCGACAUGUUUCACCCGAACAUCUAUCCAGAUGGGCGGGUGUGUAUCUCCAUCCUCCACGCUCCAGGUGAUGACCCGAUGGGAUAUGAGAGCAGUGCAGAGAGGUGGAGUCCAGUCCAGAGUGUGGAGAAGAUCCUGCUCUCUGUGGUCAGCAUGCUGGCAGAGCCUAAUGACGAGAGUGGAGCAAAUGUCGACGCCUCUAAAAUGUGGCGUGAGGACAGAGAGCAGUUUUACAAACUUGCCCAGAAGAUCGUACGCAAGUCGCUGGGCCUUUAGAGAUGUCAUCACCCUGAGACGAUGAUGUCAUCACCCUGACGUUGCCCAGCACUCUGUCUGUGUUUGUCUGUUUCAGAAACAGUACUCCUUUCUUCCUCCGGUACCUUUUCACUGGGAUGACAGACACAGCAUCCUCCUCGUCACCAUGGAAACAACACACACACACACACACACACACACACACAGAGUGCUGCUGAUGGACAGGUCAAUGAACUGAUGGACGAGUGGAAGCUGAUCAGAUGGAUGUUUGAGACCUUUCCAUCAAAGUUUUAGUCAAAUUACUAAAAGUCAACAGAAGAAGUCAUGUGACCAUACUCACGAUGACAUCAUCACCACACCUGGACACAGCGCUCCAAGAUGAAGGGUCACUCAUCAUGACCAUCAGUAUUAUCAUGUUUAUUUCCUGUUGAUCGAUUGACGUUUAAUACCAAUAAUGAAACCUGCUCAUCUCCAGAUCACUGAUGAUGUCAUCUCAAUGUCACAUUUAAAACAACCUGUGUUUGUCCAGACAGGUGCAACAGAACCCCUGAGCAACGUUAGCAUCAAGAGCAUCAUUAGCUUCCUGCUAAAAGCUCCUUAUCAGACUCAUAAACAUGGACACGUCCUGCCGCUGUUGAACGAGACACAAACAAAGUCCCACUGUUGACCAACAAUCAGCUGACAGAGCUGAGCUUGGAUUGGACAGUUGUUCCACCACAGGGGCGUGGUUUAUACUUAGAGACAGGGGAACGUCAGACUGACACUGUUGUCAUCUGGAUACAGUAUCUCAGUUUUCACCACUGGACAGAUGUUUUCAGAUGAGCUCUCUGUUUGACCUUUGACCCCAACCAAACGGCUCCAAACAAACCACAGAGGAAACAAAGGGCGACUCCGCCUCCUUCCUCCUUUUGAUUCAGAUUCAACAACAAGGUCACGGUAAAGGUCCCUCUCAGAUCUUAUCAUUAAUCAUCACGUCUCGUCUCUCUGAGACACCGAUCACAGCCACAACAACCAAACUAAUAAUCCAACAAUUCAACUUCUCAAAGAAUCGAUUCAUAGUUUUGUUUUGAAAAUGUCAGAAAACAAUAAAAAAACAACUUCUCAGACCAAAAUCCAUUUAAAGAUGUAAAACAGAAAAGAUGAAGAAACUUCCUGUUGAUUCAUCGUUUCAGCGCCAACAGGUCGACUGGUGGACGACGCUUUCCUGUCGGUGUGAUGAUGAAACUCGUCUCUCUCCCCGUCGCUGUCGAUACGUUUGGCUUCGAUCAGCGGCGUCUCAGCUUCUCUCUGUGGGACUUAAUGCACUUUAUCUCUUCCCAGAGGACGAUGAUCCAGGACUGUGGAGGAGGAGGAGCUCCGGCUGGUUUUAGUUUUGUAAUUAUUUUUAAGAAAUGAGGCUGGAUGUCCUUUGUCUUAAGGACGAUGACGUUUUGUUUGAAGAGUUUCUUUUAAAGUGUUUGUUGAUUUAAAACGUAUUUCAUUAAAUAAACCGAGGGAGGAGCAACAUGA